AGGUGCCCAGUGAAUUCUUGACGUAAGAGAAACACACAGCCUCUCUGGAAGCUACCUAACUGGCUAGCUAUAGCGUACGAAAACUGCAGCAAGCUUCAAGCAACUAUUUUACCAGCCUCAGCUGAGCCUUGAAGGAACACACCUCAUGCAGUCAUGGCCGCAGAGUUAGAGAGAGUUCACGGUUUCCACAAGGUCAACAAUGUCAAGGCUCGUGAGUUGCUUCAGCCCUACCUCAGUACUGAUGGCUACUACCUCCUGCGUCCCUCUUCGGACAGUAAGGGAGGUGUCCUCUGCACCAUAUGUGUCACGAACAAGUCCAAGCUGAUGAACUAUCGUCUGGUGCAGGACCCCUCCACAAAACGGUUCUACAUUCAUAGCCACACCUCUUUCCCUGCUAUCAGUCUCCUGUUGGGUCAUUAUCAGUCCACUGCCAUCAACGCUGAGGCCAAGACACGCCUUCUUUAUCCAGUGGGGGUUCCCCGGCAAGACACACCCACUUCCGAGGGUGAGGACGCAUACGUUGUCAUGGAGAGGCAGACUACUCUCUCCCCGACUAGAAAAAGCAUAUCCAACAGUAACAGCAACAGAAACAGCAGCUCUGAUAAUGAGAUACAGGGACUGCAUAACUUCCUACCAAAGUCAGAGCUCAGUGCAGUCAUGUCUCCAUACGUGGGUCACAGUGGCUACUAUCUACUGAGACCCAGUGCUACCUCUGCAGGUCAACUCACUCUCGCCGUAAGCCACACUGACCAAGUGCUCAACUUUAAGAUCAACUGUGAGAAGGGCCAAUACUUCAUCUCUCCUAAGAAACGUUUCAAGAGUGUACAGGAACUGAUCACCUUCUACCACAGUCAUGGAAUACGCUCCAAGAAGGCAGGCAAUAGUCACAUACUCUUAGUACACCCGAUCCCUGUCGAUCCGGCCAUGGAGAAACACUAUCAGGAAAUCAGAGAACAGAAAGUUGCGGCGAGGCAGGCAGAGCCACCUGCAUCCACGGCCUUGCUCCCUGGUUGGUCAGAGCAUUGGCACAACGGUUACAACAAAACUUAUUACUACAAUGGUGAAACUGGACAAUCACUUUGGGAAAAACCAUUGGCCCCGCCCACACAACAAUCCCCACCCCCUGUCCUGGAGAAAGGUUCUAGCCGAUCGUCAAUGAGAGACCGCCCACUCCCUAUUGUGCCUGGUGGUGUGGGUGGUGUGAGGCGUGUGAAUGGUGAGGGGAGUGAGGACAGCAACACGAUUGGUCGACGUUCUUCCCUCGCUAAGAAAUACAGUCGCAAACAAAUGCCCAUACCAUCUACACCAUCAGGAUCGCAGACACUCCCUCAUCGGAAGAAAUCCUCAGGUAUAUCCGAUCGAGAACUCCCUCCGUUACCCCCCAAGGAAGAAACGCCUCCACCUAAACGAACUAUGCCCCCACUACCCCCCAAAGAGUCUAGUGAUGUUCGGGGGGAGUCCUCUGCCCCGGGGAUUGCUUCUAGACCCCCCAUGCCCAUCCCUGGCAGUCGAUCAUCUCAAGAUUUGCAGCAAAAAUCGAUCCCAGCCUUGCCUCGGAAGGAAGACACUCGAGGGGGGAUGAGAUCUCCUAAACCAAUACCACCUCUGCCCCCCUCUAAGACGGUCGUACAGAAUGGACACCCUCCCCUCCCCCCUAAAGCAGACCAACCAAUGCCUCCCCUCCCACCAAAAGCAGAUGAGCCUCUACCAGUGCAUUUACAGCCACCUCAACAAAGACCGAAACGCAAGAAAGUUAUUGAAUAUGAAGACAUCGUUCCGUUGCGUCAGCCUAGCCCAAAAGCUCCUCCUAAAAAAGUUCCACCUCCUUUACCGGAAAAAGACUUGGAAGCAGCGACAAGUGGCCCGCCCCCUCCACCCCCACCCCCGGCAAUAGGUGCCCCACCCCCUCCUCCACUUCCUCCCAUGGCCCCACCCUCUCCGAGUCCAGCACAACUGCCAAAGUUACGAGCAGCUACUAUGAAUACACCUUCUCCUCAGAGUAGCCCUGGUAGUUCCGGACGUCCCUUCAAUGCAGGUGAUCUUGCCUCGCAGAGGCACAUGCUCAAGAAACGGGAGUCUCUUCCGGAGGAAGGAAAGAAGGAAGAGCUGUCAGGGUUCGCUAGUUUGUUUGCUAGCGCUAUCGACACUCGACGAAAAGCCAUCGAAGAUUCUGAUAGUGAGAGUGACUUUGAUGAUGUUGAAGAUGACGAUGACUGGGAUGAUUGAUGGACGCAUGGACAAACUAUUAAAUUAUUGUAAUUAAUCACCAUUUUUAUUGUUUCAGCACUCACUCACUACAUUGGGUUUUAUCAAUUGUACCACUACAUGUACAUGCCGUAUUAGACUUCAAUUGCGUUAUAACCCUUCAGAGGAAUUCAUGCAUAAAAUGUAUGUCACUAUUAUUUUAUGCACUAUUCUUAUUAUUUUAUUCUGUAUAGAACUACGCAAUAGUUUGUGUCCCACUUCCAAAAAUAAUGUUCUGAUAAUUCUAA